AUGGAAUACCGAUACGAAGGAAAUGAGGGAGAAAUGGUACCACUAUCUGCUCAACAGCUGACUUUCAGUACCGGUGUUCAGGAAUUGCCGGAUAACUUGUGCAAUGGGCGCGGUUUGUUGGACAAGGUAACUCUUCCGGAAGGAUUAAUCAAGAUUGGCAUUGCGGUUUUUGCUUAUUGUACCAGGUUGUCAGAAAUCAAAAUUUGCUACACUGUGGAAUCUCUUGGGAAGGCUGCAUUUAUAUGCUGCAACCAGCUGACGAAGGUCGACCUUGAAUGUUCAUCGUCUUCGCCCCAUCAUGGGCUAAAGACAAUCGGCGCCUUUGUUUUCUCUAGUUGUCGUUCACUAGAAAGAAUUAAGAUUCCCUCGUCUGUGAACGCCCUUGGCAAAUCUGUCUUUGAUGGCUGUAACAUCUUGUUGGAAGCAAUUCUGUCCACAACGUCCAUCACAAAGAUUCCCAUUAGUGGAUUCGCAGAUUGUCCCUUCUUGCAAACUGUGAGCCUACCAAAUUCCAUGGAAAGUGUAGGAUGCAAAGCAUUCUACCAAUGCUUUAGCUUGAUUACAGUGAUAGUCCCUCUGGAUUCAAAGCCGAUCGAGAUUGGACCUGAAUCCUUCUACCGCUGUGUUUUUCUCGCCAACCUUGUGCUUCCAGAAGGGUCCAAUGCCGACGAAGCGUCUUUUGUUCAGUGCACAUUGUUGGAAGAUCGCUUUGGUGAAAAAGCAGAUGACAUUGUCCAUGGUUUGGUACACCGGUUUGACAAUUUUCCGGUUCAAAAGAUCGCCUAUUAUAAUUCCUGUACCACGGCCGAAGAGCUUCGUCAAUGUGUUGAGAAACUAGACAAGAAGGAGUCACCGCUCGUGGAUGAUUUCGGAAUGACUCCAUUCCACAUACUCUUUUCUAGUCCCGAGCCAAGUCAAGAUCUAUUUGAAAUCCUUCUGGACAAGUUUCCACACUAUGUUCUCGGCUGGAAAGAUGCCAAUGACAACACGGCAAUGGAAUACCUGCUGAACAACUGGACCCGGGAAAACAAGGCAUUGCUGGAGGACGCCCUGCAAAGUUGGAUGUAUAAUCGAUUGGAUUGUUGGCGCUCGGAUGAUUGGAGAAUCAGAUUUCUUCCCACCAUGAAUGCUCUGCUUGCCCAAGAGGACAGAGUAAUCAGGAUGAGUUGGUUUGGCAUUGCAUGGUCGGCCUUGAAACAUUUCGAAAAUGUGGAAUCUCUAUCGAUAUUGGAAAUGGCCUUAUGGAAAUGGCAAAACAAGGGUGAACGGAACAAUGAUGGAACCAAGCGCCGGGCGCUAGACCGAGACCAGUGCCGGUCUAUCUGUGGGGCGGACGUUGUGAUUCCGAAUGUAGAAGCUUUCUUGGGAAUCAUCCCGUCGAGAGCUUGA